CGGACUGCCGGACUGCCGUUGUUCGCGGCCGACAAACGGACGAUUCCGGUUCGUUUCCAUCUCCGUGUCAUUCUGUCGGAACGGUCGGUGUACGGACGGCGCUUGGUUUUCUCGUCGAUUUUUGCGCCGGCGAUCAAAAUAAUUAACGCGUUACCGCCCGCCAAGUUGGAAGACUCUCGAGGGUUGAGAAAAUCUCCAAUCGGUCAACUGCGACGACGAAACCACAAAAACCGUAAGUGCCGAAACGUACGUGGUUGUGUACGACGUUUAUAUUUGUACCACGUGACGCGAGAAACCAAACGUUUUGGAUUAUUAAACGUUCAACGUUCCGACUGUGUUUUGCCGCCGGGUGACCUCCUCAGUCUCAACAUUCGUCUCUCACCGAACCGCCCACUUAUUGUACGAAACUGUAGAUUAUAUUAAAUUCCGAAAAAAAAUCAAGAAUGUCUAAUGUUUUUGUAACGCGGUUUAAAGUCGGGUCUCGCACUCGAAUCGAAACGUGCCGCGUUCGAGUAGCACGCCGGAACUGAACGCGCGUGCUCGGUUCUUCUAUUCGAGUAUAAGGCUGGUCUAAUAAUCAAAAUCAGAUAGGUAUUCCAUAUGUAUUUCCAAAUCUUAUGGUAAAUGUGUACCCGAAACCUGUACUUUUUCAUCCGCGUCUUUAUUAAAGUUAAUUUUUUUUAAAAAAAAAAAAAAAAGUCCUACGUAUUUUUUAAAUGUGACCGUAUUCUAUUUUUGAUAUUACUAUGGUUUCACACUCUUACGAUAAAAAUACAACCCAAAAGCGGGUAUCUCUUGGAGAAUGUAUAUAUUUAACGAAAUAAUAAUUUUACCCAUUUUAUUAUAUUGUGUAUAGAUAAAAAGAACGUGUUUGUCGUUGUUGUCAAUAAAUAAAAAAGAAAGCCGAUCCCAGGGACAGGUGCGGGGCUACUGUUAUAGUUCGGGGAGGUAGGGUGUAGAGGGUAAGUUAACUUAUGUCCGUAUGCAACGAUUAUACAUUGCGAAUGAAAAAUAGUUCUGAGCGGAACUCUGUCAAUAGUAUUGCUUUUCCAACAAUGUGCGACGGUUACUUUAAAAGUUUUCAUCAGAAAAUUACCUUUCUAAAGUACCAACUAGGAGGCGGAACCAUAAUGCAACAAAAAUGAUUUCUUGUCGUGUUUUGAUUGGAGCGAGAUUUCAAAGAGAAAAAUUAUUGAUAGACGCAAAAAGUAAAACAAUACUCACUUGCUUCACUCAGAAUCUAAAAUCGUCAUUGAAUCUUUGAUUUAAUCACUAUAUUUUAAAAGCAUAUAAACUAUAGGUUGUCAUUGGUGUGGCCAAUGUUUUAGGUGGGUAGUUGGGUAGCCAGGAUGCGUGUAAGCAACAAUAACCAUUGCUAACGAAUAACUUUUCUGAAAAAAUCUAAAUUAGAGAAAUAAUAAAAAAUAAAUAUUUUAACAGUCAGUUAAGUAAUAGUGAAAAAUGUUUUCUAUUUUCGAAAAUAAGAGCCAACAAAGUGGCAUGGAUAAUGGUAGGCGGUACAGCUAGUAAAAUAUAUUAAUAUUCAAAUUCUAUUAAAAUGUUAAACAUUUUUGUUUGCAGUGUACAUGUCUUAUAUUCGCUUUUAUUUUAAAACUUGACUAAGUACUCGUAAUUGGAAACGAAAAUAAACCAAUAGUUUUGAUUAGAGUUCCAUAAAAUUAAAAAGGGGGAGAGAACUUUGUACUUAAACAUGUGAGCUUAAGUAGGUAUCUCAUUGUGAAAUAGUGUAAUGGUUAUGUUUUGUUAUAUUUGUUCAGUUUUUUUUAUUUAUAUUUGUAUUUUGUUUUUUUACAGGUAGAAAAAUAAACCAUGGUCCGUUCCAAACAGGUUGCUCGUAAGUCCACUUCUAAGAAAUUGUCCAUUGUUAAAUUAAAAUCAGAUUUUGAGGAAAAUGCUUGUACUGAAGCCAGUAAAAUCAUAAAUAAAAUUAGUAAAAAGACAAAGAACGGACGUCACCGUCCUGGAGUUAUUGCACUAAAGGAAAUACGAAAAUAUCAAAAUUCAACAAAUCUACUUAUACGUAAAUUGCCUUUCCAGCGUUUGGUCAGAGAAAUUGCCCAGAACAUAAAAAAGAAGCAAUUGCAAUUCCAUUGCGCAAGCCUCGAAAUAUUACAGGUCAGUUCCUACAUUUUAUAUAUUUAAUUAUGCAGUCGCAUGAAUUUCAUUACCUACCCAAGUUAUACCUACUGUUGGUAUUAUUUUUACAAAUCAUUUGUUUUUUUGCAGGAGGCAAGCGAAGCAUAUAUAAUUGGUCUUUUUGAGGAUACCAACUUAUGCGCUAUCCAUGCUAAGCGUGUCACCAUUAUGCCCAAGGACAUACAAUUAUCCAUGAGGAUAAGGGGCAAAUAAAAUAAUAUUUCAAACAAAUACAGUAUAUAUAUUUAUUUUGUUAUGUAUUAUAUAUUAUUGUAAUUCCCUACAUAUCACAUUUUUCAUCCAUCAAAAUAAUAACUUAUAACUAAAUAUUAAUGAUUAUCAUGACCUAGGUACUUUAAAUAAAAUUAUUCUUUGUUAUCUACUUAAUUUGUUUAUAUUUUUUAAAAUUAAUAUUAUAAUUCCCUUGUCACUCUUGUGUACUAUUCCAG